UCAAGAUUUUACAAAUCAGUUUUCAAGAUAAAAAUCCUAACCAACACCCUUUGUCACUCUUCAGUAGGAGGGUGGACACCAUUUUAAGUGAAAUUGAUUUAGGAAGCUUUUCAGCCUGUGUUCAACAUCCUUGGAUAAAACAACAACAAAGGUUGGGAGACAGCUCUGUGUCCAAGAGCGAGGACUGAGGGAGUCCACCAGGGCACCUCCAUCUGAUGCAGCUAACAAAGGCCCAAAGAAAAAUGGCCACAUUUCAAAAAUCUGUCUUUCCCACCAGAAUGUAAACCCCACAUGAGUAGGACUUUUAUUCUGGUGAAAUCUGUGAAAUGACUCUGAAGACCUGGGCUCCUGCUCCCCUGACCUCCCGGGGAGGUAGAAAUGGUCAUGCAGGCAGGGUGACCAGGGGACGAUUCUGGCCUCCUGAGGAAGGCUGAGGAAGGCCAGAGGAGGCCUGGGGGCCACAGUGAGGCUGGAAUUGAGCUGCACCCCAAGCAGCAAGAAGGAGCAGGACAGGGGCCUGAGGCCAUGCUCAACUCAACAUUCCUGACCCUGUCUUCUGACAUAAUCUCUCUCAUUUCCUAUCUCAACGGAUCCAAGAGGCUGUCAGCAUCACCUCCAUCCUACAGGCGGGGAAAUGAGACUUGUAGGUAUCUCUGCAUUGCAGAGUCCAGGCCAGGGUCAGGACCCCAGCCCUUCCCUGCUCUUUUUGGUCAGGGGCAGAGAAUAAUAGUGGUCACCGAGUGGGAGUUGUGAUCCUUUGGAUGUCAAGAGAGAGGCUGGGCACAGAGGAAGCAGGCAGACAGGCAGCUGAUAAUCUGUCCUGAGGAGGCAGGAAGGUUGGAAAGCCACUUGGGAGCUGAAGUUCCAAGCUCCAUUUUCCCCUCAGACUUCACUUCUAAAACACAAGUUCAAAGAUAAUAACUAUCAAGAAUUUCAAGACAGUGACAUUACAGCAUGAAACCCUGAGUCUGGGGUGCACCUGAGCACUGGCUCUGAGUGACGGCACUGGUUGCACAGCUGCCUCUCGAACAGGCAGAUGACAAAAACCUCCCAAGCUAGGUGGUGAGGGUGGGCUGCGCCCUCUGAUCAGACACAUGACCUCCCUGGGCCAGUGCGAAGGGACAGGCGCCCAGGGGACAUGUCACUUGUGCCCAGACUGCCUGUGGGCUGAGCAGGAGGCAGGGAGUGGACUCAUCUGGGCGCCUUGCUGAAGGCCAGAAAAGAAUCACUUGCUGCCUGAAAAAAUGACACCAUUUUCUCUUUCUCUUCUGGGCUGAAGAACAACAAAACCCCCAACCCUGUCACCCUUGGAGAGAGAUUCCUGGCCCUCCCGUAGACAUAUAUUUUCGGCAGAGGCAGUGAAGAUGAAUGGCCUCCUUGCGUGCCUUGGUGGGGGGACGGCUGGCUCGCUUGGCUGGCUCCAACCUCCCCCUUCCUCCUGUGUUUGAGGUCAACCCUGGGUUGGGGUUGUAACAACUUUCGAGAACAUAUCCAGAGUCCUGCAUUCCAACACUGUUUUUGCAGUCCACAUGGAAGGGCCAAACUGCCCCCAGCCUUGCCAGGGAAGCCUCAGGGUGUGAGCUUCUAGAAGGGACUUUUGUGACCCAGGCUUUUGUCCCCAGAGUUUAUGGCAAUGCUUGGCAUUCAGAAGGCGCGCGCCAGCGGCGCGAAGGGAACGGACAAGGGGAGGGGCCAGCAGACGCGGUCAAGUGUCACGCCCGGGUGGGGGAUGGGAGGUGGGCAGGGCGGGCCCGGCCGGGCGCUGGCAGGCACGGGGCGCCCUCGGCGCUGCCCUUUGCCAGGUGGGUGGCCUGGCAUGUCCCGGCCACCCCUGCCACUCACCCCCUGAGGUCCCAAGUCCUCAGGGGUGAGCGGCACACACGGGUGUUCCAGGCACAGCAGUGGGGGCUUCAGAACAUCCCGAUGCCCUGCAUGGACCGCCUGCGAGGGGGGAAAACGCCUCCCGCACCCGGUGCUACGGCGGUAGACACCUCGCCCCGGUUCGAGGGUCGCUGCAGCGGCGCCGGCGGAGGGGCUGGUCUCGGGCGUGGCCUGGACGCCCACAGGCCUCCACACCGAGGGCCCACAGCAGCGUCGGAGUGCGGCCGCUGUCCUCACGCGGUCACCCCGGGGUGGUGAACACAUCACGCAGAGAACUGGCCCGUGUCUCCGGCUCACCCCGGCGAUGCCAACGCUGAGGCUGGCGCUGGCCCCGGCCCCAGCCCCCGGUGGUGCCCAGGGACGACGGGUGGGGGCAGGGAGGGCGGUGGCUCGCGCCACCUCUCACCCAGCCAGUGCCUCACGCGGCGCUGGACCCGCUGGGCCAAUCUGAGCCCGGGUGGCAUCAAAACCAGACCCUUUCGGCCAAUGACAGGACACGGCACAUCACUUUCCGCACCCAGCCAAUCCGUGCAGCAGCCCGCCGCAAGCCUUCCCCUGCUGCCGCCCAAUCAGCAGGUGGGGGGUGGUCGCCACGUCAGCCGCCGGGGGCAGUCGGAGCGCUGCAGCAGUCUCCAGGCAGAACGGUCGCCGCGUCGCCUCAGCACGGACCUCCAGGAAGCUCCUCAGCAAGAUCCUGCCGGGGCGCCCCUCAGCGUGGCUCUCCCCGGGGUUCCUCAGCGCGAUUCUCCGGGUGCGCCCCUCAGCGCGGUCCUCCCCGGUGCGUCCGUCAUCGUGGUUCUCCCCAGCGCGCCCCUCGGUGAGGUUCUCCUCGGGGCUCCUCAGCGCGGUUCUCCCCGGGGCUCCUCAGCGUGGCGCUCUUCCAGGGGCUCCUCGGCGCGGUUCUCCCCCGGGGCUCCUCGGCGCGGUUCUCCCCGGGGCUCCUCGGCGCGGUUCUCCGGGGGCUCCUCGGCGCGGUUCUCCCCCGGGGCUCCUCGGCGCGGUUCUCCCCCGGGGCUCCUCGGCGCGGUUCUCCGGGGGCUCCUCGGCGCGGUUCUCCCCCGGGGCUCCUCGGCGCGGUUCUCCCCGGGGCUCCUCGGCGCGGUUCUCCUCGGGGCUCCUCGGCGCGGUUCUCCGGGGGCUCCUCGGCGCGGUUCUCCCCCGGGGCUCCUAAGCGCGGUUCUCCCCCGGGGCUCCUCGGCGCGGUUCUCCCCCGGGGCUCCUCGGCGCGGUUCUCCCCCGGGGCUCCUCGGCGCGGUUCUCCCCGGGGCUCCUCGGCGCGGUUCUCCCCCGGGGCUCCUCGGCGCGGUUCUCCCCCGGGGCUCCUCGGCGCGGUUCUCCCCCGGGGCUCCUCGGCGCGGUUCUCCGGGGGCUCCUCGGCGCGGUUCUCCCCCGGGGCUCCUCGGCGCGGUUCUCCCCGGGGCUCCUCGGCGCGGUUCUCCUCGGGGCUCCUCGGCGCGGUUCUCCUCGGGGCUCCUCGGCGCGGUUCUCCGGGGGCUCCUCGGCGCGGUUCUCCCCCGGGGCUCCUCGGCGCGGUUCUCCCCGGGGCUCCUCGGCGCGGUUCUCCUCGGGGCUCCUCGGCGCGGUUCUCCUCGGGGCUCCUCGGCGCGGUUCUCCGGGGGCUCCUCGGCGCGGUUCUCCCCCGGGGCUCCUAAGCGCGGUUCUCCCCCGGGGCUCCUCGGCGCGGUUCUCCCCCGGGGUUCCUCGGCGCGGUUCUCCCCGGGGCUCCUCGGCGCGGUUCUCCUCGGGGCUCCUCGGCGCGGUUCUCCGGGGGCUCCUCGGCGCGGUUCUCCCCGGGGCUCCUCGGCGCGGUUCUCCUCGGGGCUCCUCGGCGCGGUUCUCCGGGGGCUCCUCGGCGCGGUUCUCCCCGGGGCUCCUCGGCGCGGUUCUCCUCGGGGCUCCUCGGCGCGGUUCUCCUCGGGGCUCCUCGGCGCGGUUCUCCUCGGGGCUCCUCGGCGCGGUUCUCCGGGGGCUCCUCGGCGCGGUUCUCCCCGGGGCUCCUAAGCGCGGUUCUCCCCCGGGGCUCCUCGGCGCGGUUCUCCCCCGGGGCUCCUCGGCGCGGUUCUCCCCGGGGCUCCUCGGCGCGGUUCUCCCCCGGGGCUCCUCGGCGCGGUUCUCCCCGGGGCUCCUAAGCGCGGUUCUCCCACGGGGCUCCUCGGCGCGGUUCUCCCCGGGGCUCCUCGGCGCGGUUCUCCGGGGGCUCCUCGGCGCGGUUCUCCCCCGGGGCUCCUCGGCGCGGUUCUCCCCUGGGACUCCUCGCCGCGGUUCGGUUCUCCCCGGGGGCUCCUCAGCACGAUUCUCCUCCGCGCGGUUCUCCUUGGGGCUCCUCAGCUCGGUUUUCCCCAGGAGCUCCUCAGCGCGACUCUCUGGGGCUCCUCAGCGGGGUUCUCCCUGGCGGCUCCUCAGCGCGGCCCUCCCCAUCUCUCUGGGAGGGUUUGAACACGGUCAGCACGGAACUGGGCGGACGGCGCGGGACGGGUGAUCACUGGCGUUGCUGAGGUGAGCUGUGUGCCCCGCGGCCGUCCCAGAUCACAGGCGUCAGCAGUACAGCCUGGCCUGGGCAGUGCGCUCCCAUCUGCACCUUAUGGACAGCGUGGCCAGGGUCCAGGUCCGAGUUCCUGGCCGCGUCCCAAGAAUCGGAUUCCAGGUCUGUAGUUCUCACGGUGGUUCAGAGUGGGCUGAAUUGGGAUUGGAGUCUGGAAUCCGCAUCGUGGUUCUGAGUCCGCGCUAUUGGGAUGGAAGUUGGGAAUCCAUGUUGUGGUUUUGAGUCAAAGCCCCAAUUGGGACCGGAGUCGGAAAUCCACUUAGUGGUUCUGAGUCAGGGCCCGAAUUAGGAUCGGAGUUGGGAAUCCCCGUUGUGGUUCUGAGUUAGGUAUCCUAGUUGGGAUCAGAAUUCGGGUCUAGGGUCCACAUCCUGGCUGGGAGUUUGCCUGAGUUGGGAUCUGAGUAGUUGGGGUCCCAGUCAGUCCAGGUCUGGAGUCCGCAUGGUGGUUUUAGGUUGGGCCUCAUUAGGGACAGAGGAUCGGGAGUCUGAGUUGGGGACCUGAAUCCCUGUCUGGAGUCUGCAUCAUGGCUCUGAGUUGAGAUCCAAGGGAGGUCCGAGUUGGCGACUGGAGUUAGGGUCUGGAGUCUGUCUUUGGGUAGAGGUUCUGAAUGCGGGGCUCUGAGUUAAGAGAUUGGGAUUGGGGUUAGAGGUCUGAGUGGGGUAUGGGAGUCAGGAAUUGAAGUCGAAGUUCUGCAUCUAGGUGGGGAUUCUGAGUCAGGAACUAGGGGGCGAAGUAAAGGUUACAGUCUGAGUUGGGGGUGGUGAUCACCUGCCAGGUGAGAGGUAGUGGUAGAAGUCUUGGUCAUAUUGGAGAUGAGAGUUGAUUGGAUGGUGGUCUCAGUCUGGGUAGUAGGCUUGAAGGGCCACCACUAUGUUCAGAUCCCAGUGCCCCACUGUGGUCCCUGAGCAGGUCAAAUAGCCUUUUCUAUAAAAUUGGGGGUAAGAGUGCCUUCUCACAGAACUGUUCUGGGUAUAAAAGAGAAUAAUUCAUCCAGGUAGAAUAGUUCUGUCUUAGAUUAUCACAAAGUAUAAAAACUUUCCUGAUAAUAUCCACAUUUGAUGUGCAUUUACCAGUUCUUUCUUUACUGUGGUGCCCCUCUUGCUAGACCAAAAGCUCCCAGGGAGGAACUCUGUUUUGUUUUCUGCUGCCUGCUCUGUAACCAGCCAAGAGCCUGAUACACAGCCUUACUCAGUCAGUACUUGAAGGAAAGCAGGCAGGCAGGAUUAACCAGAUUUCUAUGGUGUCUCAAAUGAUCCAUUUCUGCACCUGUUUUCCAGAUACUCACUAGGAGAAAAAUUUAAGGAUUGAGUUGCUUGAUUAUGGUUGUAUUUUAAUGUGUUUCCUAACAUGCUGAGGAGAAAAGUGGGUCUGUUUCAGGAUUUAUGCUCCAGCUAGAGGGAUUUUUUAAAAUUGCGAAUCAGAGCAUGUCCAAAUUCAGAUAGACAGCACAAGAAAACUAUAAAGAAUUUCCCUUACGAAUGUAGAUGCAGAAGUUCCGUGUACAAUGCUAGCUAACUGAAUCCAAUAAUAUAUAUUAAACAACAAUUCUUAAACAAGUGGGAUUUCUCUUAGGAAUGCAAAGAUGAUCCAAUAUCAGAAACUUUAUCCAUGUAAUUCACAUUAAGAGGCUACAGGAGAAAAACCAUAUGGUUCUCUCAAUAGAGGCAGAAAAAAUGAUGUGAUAAAGUUUAACGCCUAUGUGUGAUUUUGGGGUAGUGGAGGACACCACUUAGCAAGCCAGGACUAGAGAGGAACUUCUUCAACUUGAUACAAGUUAUAAACCAAAACUUAACUUUUCAGUAAACUUGAUAGAGAAAUUAAAAAUGUAUCAUUCUCUUUAAGAUAAGGAGUAGGCCAAGGAUGUCAUCCUGGCCAUACCCUAAUACAAGAAAAAGAAAUGGAGAUGUGAGGAUCGGGUAGGAAGUGAUAAAACUUAGUGUAGCUCAUAGGAUUGAUGGUCUCCAUAAAGGUUCUCAAACAUUUUGGUGUUACGACUUGUUGUAUUCUUAAAAGUUAUUGAAACCCCCAAAGGGCUUUUCUUGAUAGAGAUUCUAUCUAUUGAUAGUUACCAUCUUAGAAGUUAAAACUAAGAAAUGUUUAAAGCAGAACUAUACAAGCACAUAUUCCAGUGGGGUCAUGGUGUGCUGCCUCUGGAAAACUCUUUAUCUUUGUGAGAAUGAAAGAAAAGGCAAAUAAUGUCUGAGUAUUAUUAUGAAAAUGUUUUUGACCUUUCCUGAAAGGGUCUGGGGGACUCUCUGGAAUCCCUAUACUACACUUUGAAAAUUACUGGGCUACAUGGAAAAAAAAAUUAAGGAACUUACAACUAAAGAGAGAUUUCAGAUUUCAGAGAGGUUUUGGAUAUAAGAUCAGUGUACUCAAAACAAAAAACAAAAACAAACCACAUUUCUUUAUGCCAAUGGCAACUGACUAAAAAAAAAAGCAUAACAGAGAUUAGGACAGCAAUCAGAAUAGCAACAAAAUUUAUACCAGUCUAGGAAUUAACAAAGACGAUGACUUUUAUGGAAAAAAUUUUAAAACUCUAUUGGAGGAUAUAGAGGGAGAUCUUUCCAUAUGCAGAGACAUUUUAUUUUCUUGAGUGGGGCAACUUGGCAUUAGAAUGACGUCAGGAUUUUCCAAAUCUGUAAGUUCAAUAGGACUCCACUCAAACUUCCAGUUGGAGGGCUUGAGUAAUUUAACAAACAUAUUCUAAAAUGUAUGUGGAAGAAAAAUAUUUGUAAAUGCCAACUGAACUUUUGAAAAGGAGAGCAGAGGACUUCUGAUGGCAGAUACCAGGGCACACGCCAAGCUUCAGCAAUCAGAGCGGUGUGGUGACAGAGGCCCACAAGAGAGCUCAGAGGUAACUCCAAGUCUAGAGGAAGGGGACAUGUGAUAAAGGUGGCACCACAUAUCAGUGGGGACUGUUCAGAAGAUGAUGUUGGAAAGCCAGCCCUAAAAUGGAGGAAUAGGAAUAUGGAUUCCUAACUGAGCCCCUAGGAAAAGUAGGCUCCAAAUGGACUAAAGAUUUGAAAGCAAAAGGUAGUUGCCAUUUGUUUAAUAGUAGAAAAAAUGAAUAAUCUCCAGGGCCAGGGUGGCCGUGGGGUUCUUAAACAGGAUCCAGAAAGCACAAACCUCAAGACUAAAAUGUAUGAACUUGAAUGCAUUAAUGAUUAUGGAUUAAGGAUUUCUGUUAAAUAAAUCCAUCAUGGCAAGGGUCAGGACUGUUUUCAUAAUAAUACUAAGGAAACGAUUUGCGUUUUUCACUUUUACACUCAUGAAUUUAACUUUGCCAUGACUAGUUACAAGAUAAUUUGAAACAAAGCUGAGGAGGGAACAACAGCUAAAAUAUACCAGAAAGCACCACAAAUCAUUAAGAAAAAGGUAGGAAGAUUGCCAGUUUGCAGGAGGGUUAACAAACAGAUGAAAAUUUGCCCAAGCUAAUCAGUUAUCAGAGAAAUGUAAAUGAAAGCAACAGCUAUUCUUCAUAGAAGCGUUAGAAAGUAGGAUAAGGCCAAGUGUUGGCAGAAGGCAGGGAACAAGUCUCCCUGUGUGCUGCAGGUGGGGACGGAGACAGGCACAGACGUUCUGAAGAGCUGGCCAACACUUCUUCCUCAAAUAAAAUAUUUUAUACCUGUGGCCCAGCAGUUUCCCUCCUAAGUAAACAUGCUGGAGCAGUUCUCACCCAGAACAACGAGAGGCUGUGUGUGUGCAUGCUCAGGGCAGCGUGGCCCAUAGGGGUGGGCAGUUGGAGCUGGUCACUGUGGUUAGGAGCAGGGGACUAGAUGUACACUUCACAAGAUAGAGACGUGUGGAAACACAGUGCUGAGUGACACAAAUGCCAAACAGAACGAGGGCCUCAGUACAUGACUGUGUAUUUAAAUUAAAAUUACACACCACCCAGACACGCAGUACUAGGGAGUGCUCGUGAGUGCACACACACACAAUGAUAUAAAUAAAUUACCCUGGAGCAGCUGUUUGUGUAGGGAGGAGAGCAAGGAUAGAGGAUAGAGAUGAAGUGGAAAAGCAUGGAGAGGAAGAGAGCAGCGACUUUAUGCAGACCCUUACAGGGUGACAGUGUUUCAUAGGCUGAGGGCUGUGAUCAGCUCUGUGCAGAGUCCCAAAAGCCAAGAACGAACGAAUGAAUGUGCCUCCAUGACUCUCCUGCCAGAUACCCUCUAGUGGCUUCUAUUUCUAGGAAAUAAAAUUCAAAUUCCGUCAGGUUUUUACAAGACCUGCCCUGCUUACCUCUCUGACCACUGUCCUCCCUCACUGAGCUUUGGCUCUGCCAGCCUUCUUCUUCUUUGUUAAAUCUGCCAAGUAUCCCUCCUGCCCCAAGGCCUUCACCACCUCUGCCUGGCUUGUCUUUUCUGGUGAUCUUCCCUUGACAAUUCCUUCUUAUUUAAAUCUCACAGGAAAUUUUGCUCUGACCUGCCGUAUCUGUCAUCCCUUUCAGUCACUCACUAGCUGAGGACUACAUUUCAAGUCUCUGCAAAGCACAGGCUACGCUUUUCUAGGCAUCUACUUAUUUGUUGGCUGCCUAUCUCUUCUACCGGAAGGGAGGCCCCAAGAGAGCAUAUCUGUCUUCUGUAUAGGGUCUGCACAUGGUGGGUGUGUCACAGAUUUCUGUUGAAUGGUUUCAUUCAUUUAUUGAAUGAAGGAAGAGGCCAGGCCAGGAAAGUGUGCAUCCAUUUUCACAACUCAGUGAGAAAGCAAAUAGCAUGUCAAAAUCUGACCCCUUGCAACCAGGGUUUCUUAGCCAACCACACUGGUAAUGCUUGGGACAGGAUGUAUCUUUGUUGUGAGGGGCUGUCAUUUAUAUUGUAAGAUGUUUAGCACCCUGCCUCGUCUCUACCUAGUAGAUAUUAGUAAUUCUCCCAUAGUUGUGAUAGCCAAAAAUGUCUCCAGAUAUUGCCAUAUGUCCCCUGGGGGGCACUGCAGAUGACAACCACUUCCUUAGACCAGCUCUUGGGACUGGGAUGGUGUCUCUGCUCUGGCUCUUUAAAGGCAGCAGGCCCUGGCUUGCAUCCUGCCACAUCUAACACCUAUAGCCUCACCACCUCUAUGAGAAAGACCCUGGCCCAGGCCUGGCCAAUCAGAGUACCCUCUUCCCUGGUCAGCAGUAUAAUUUGAGUUUGGCAAGCACUUCCAGUCCCACAACCUAUGGGUUGCCACCCAGAGGUUUAGUUGGAACUACGUUUCAGCUGCAGUCCCUCAGCCAUCUAUGGCAUGGGCACCUGUGGCUUGACCAAGUUGGAGGUGGCCUAGAGAGGCCGGGCUGGGCCUGCUCACCUUCUCCAGUUAGUGCAGACUGAUGAAUGAGUGGUUCUCGGCGGAUACCAGAUCCAGGUUUGCAGUACACUCCAGGAGGAGGACGAGAAGGGUUUCUCUCAGAGCAGGCCUGGAUGGGAGGGCAAGGGGUGGCCUCUAAUACUGCCUUUCCUUCCGGUGCCUUUAUCAGCCUGUGCCAUGCUCCUCUGAACUGGCCGGCCCCAGCAUGUCCAGGUUACUGGCAGGAGCCUGGAUAACCCAGGGUUCCAGUCAGACCAGCCAGGAAGGCCCAGGAGGCUAGAGCGCACCCAGUCUCUGGCUGCUCUGUCUGCGGAACUAAAAGCCUUUCUCCCAGAGCCUUUCGUACGGCUGGGCGAGGCUCUUGUUUGCAAUUUAAAUGUGGCCUCAUUUAUGGAAGACUCCCUGCUCCUCCGAAAAGCCUUGGGUUCAACCUCCCUAGCAGCCCGGGCCUCAGCCAGGAGAAGAAAUGGAUCUAAAAGGCCUUUCUCCUGCUAAUUGUAGCAAUUAGCAUUAGAGAAUGGGGACUCGAUGGGGGGCCAGCGCCUGGCAAAACAAGCUUAUUCCCAGCUUAGGCCCAGGCCCAGCUCCACACACUGCUGCUUGGCCAGACUCAGCCCCCACCCAGGGUCUGGCUGGCUUCAGGGCAGGGAGAGAGGGCCCAGGCCUGCGGGUGCUAAGAGCAGUUGUGGAGGGCGUGCAUCUGAGUUGUUAAGACUGGUAGCUGUACAGGUAGCCCUGGGCUAUGACUUGUGGUCCUCUCAGAAAAGGGCCUGACUGGAACGCAGAGCCAGACCAGAUAUUCAUGAGUGGAUCAUAGAGUGCAGACUGAGGGCUAUCUGGUGAUGUGACAGAAAGUAGUCUUGGAGCAAAUGACUCUUAGAGAGUAAGGAGCCAUUCCCCUGUAUGGCUAACUGGAUGCCUUUCUCUCCCCCUACUCCAGAAAGGACUUCCUGUUCCUUCACUGAGUGUGCUUGCUUAUGAGGCUUCUGAGAACCAGGAGAGUUCAGUGGGCCUCAUUAUUGAGCGUAUGGGCACCACAACCUGCUUGAGACGUAGGCCAUGCUACAGUUGAUUUUAGCCAGCUUGCUGCAUCUACACAGCACAGUGCCUUCCCAGGCAGUGAAUUAUGUCUAACAGGCAGGGGAAUGAUCAUUGCCUCAUUUUAGGGAUGCAGUCAUUCAAGAAAUAUUUGUCAAACACUCACCAGGUACUAGACCCUGGCCCAGAGGGAGGGAUUUGAUAGGAGCAGGGACCUGCCUACCCUCCGAGGGUUUGUGGACAAAGGGGAGAAAGACUAACUAAUGUUGAAGGACCAUUUGCACCCUGAGGGGAGUGCUGAGGCCUGGGAGCACAGAAGGUGUAUAGCAGGAACCCACUGGAACUAGCCUGGGGUCUGAGAAAACUCCCUUGGGGAAAGUGGCAGGGGCAGGCCAAGGGCCCUCUGGUGGUAGGGAGCCCGUGAGCACCUGGGAUGGAAAGAAGCCAAGCAUCUGAACUACCAGAAAAGCAGCUGCAGCAUUAAGCAAGACCCACAGGUCUCUAAACUUUGAAAGGAUUUCUGUCCACUGAGUAGAUAAUUGAUUGGAAUGGGGCAGGGGAUGUGAGAAUGCCAGUUAGGAGGUGCCUGCAGUACAGAGAAAUGGUGGUCUAUCAGGACAGUGGCAAUAGGGAUGGAGGGAAGCAGGGAACCUCUAGAACUAUGGAUGGGUGAAGUAAGCCUGGCUUGGUGAUGGGCUUGAUGCAGGUGGUGAGGAAGCGGGUGUAUCGGAAAUGACCCCAGAACUUCUGGCUUGUGCCACUGAAAGGAUGGGUGACAGACAGGGGCCUUCAGUAGAGUGGGCUAUAAAAUGAUGGAGGCUGUGGAGAGGAGGUGGGGGCAGGUGACUGGAAUGUGGGUCUGGCUGGGUUGGAGAGACAUUUGGGGGGUCAGGGCAUCACAGGUGGUCUGGAAGCCCUUGGUGCUGAGGGAACAGCUUAGGGAAAUGGCUUGCGUAGAGAAAGUCACUGGCAUUUAGUGGCCACGCCAGAAGGGAAAACCUGCCAAGGAGACUGAGGAUAGAGCCAGAGAGAUGGCAAGAAAGCCAGGAGAACUGGAGGGAUGGAAAAGAGGACCUAGGGGUCAUGGUCCUGGCAGAGGUCACACUGGAUCCAGUGCUUGUGAUUCUCUGAUUGCUGGCAGUGGAUGGCCACUGGCCUGCAAAUGGCCCUAGUGGAAUGUCCCCUGCCUGUGUGGCUCCCUGUGGGCUGCCUUUCCCCUGGACAGAUGGGGAGAGACCCCUUCCCCACCUGGUUCUCUGUUUCACCCUUGGAACUGUGGUGGUAAAGAGGACCUCCCCACAGUACAUGCAGGGAACAAGCUCGGCUGACUCCCUCAGGGAGGCCUCGUCCUUGCUGAGGUAUUUCAUAACCUCACAAGGAUAGAGAAAUCCCCCCAACUUUAAUGCAAAGCCAAGCAAGCUGAAAAAUGGCCUUGAAUAGGCUGAGAUGAAAAAACAAAGAGGCUGUCAACAUCAGAGACUCAGUGGGGGCAGGGAGCUUCAGUGGACUCCCCACAGACAGCAAUUCCUGGGCUUCUAUGCCCGGACCCAGAGGCCUGAGCCAAAGAUGUCAGGAUGGGUGGUCACUGUAAGUGCAGUGGAUUGCAGCUCAGAGGCAAGAGAUCGCCUUUUUCUUGUCAUCUCUCCUUCCUGAUUAGUGGCUCAAACAGCCUUCCGAGACUCAAGGGGUUAACUGCAGAUCCUCUAACUCCUCCACUUGCUAAUUUUUAAACACAGCUGAGCUCUGAGCACCCCUCCCAAGGCUGUGAGAGGCCAGAGGCCAGCACAGACUCUGCACUAGGUCUGCACAUCCUCCACCCCUACUGUUGUCAGGAAUCUGCAGGCAUCUAGAACAAAGGUUCCUCCAUUAUUUCCCUCACCCAGCAUAUCCUGAUACCUGAGCCAAGACUUCACCCAGAGCUUUUGCCCACUUCAUUGAUGGUCUGGUGGGCUUUUGUUGACACAUACCCGUGACUCCCAAAUGAACCUUUAAGGUUGGCUUAAAGCAGCUGGGACCUACACAUGACAAAACCCAGAUGGAAACAGUGGCUUACACUCCUAAAGAUACCUGUUCCUAACAGUGGGAGUGCCAAAGCCUGGAAGCUGGAAGCCAAGGAAUCAGGGAGCUCCCUCCUGCUGACCCCCUGCCAGGCCACAUCCACCUAAGGGAUUUGGGAUCAUACUCCAUCUUCAACCACUGGGAUCAAAUGGAAAACCCUCAGGAAUUCUGAGAGACAGCCCCUAUACCUAUGUGCACUGACACACAUACACUGACAAAUAUGCAUUCUGACACAUAUAUGAACAUGUACAUACAUGUGCCCCACUCCCUGCCAGGAGGUGGGUUCUGUCUCAUCAUUGACAUGUUACUUCUUGUCCUUCCCUAGGCCCAGUGGCACUUUCUUUGUGAUAGGUGCUGAGACCCCCCACCGACUGGGCCCAGUGGCUGUUCCCAGGACCCAGCCUCUGCUCUUAGCUUACCCAGCUCUAGCUCCCAGGACCCCAGCUUUUCGCAGGGAGAGAGAUAGCUCUUUUGGUCUGGCACAUGUUCCAUGCCAAGUAGUUGAAACAGCAGCUGCAGGGCAGCCUCAGACUUGACAUCAUUUAAUCCUUGUGACAAUCCUACAGGGAGGAAGACACUACACAUACGUGCAGAUGCAGCAAAGAGCAGCUCAGCCACAUGGAAUGACUUGCUUGAGGUCACCGGACACUUGACACAACAGAGUUUAGCCCAGUCUCUGGAGAGACCAGCCUUCCACAUCCUGUCAUGCUGAGGAGGGCUGCCAGCUUUUGUCCCUGCUCCCCUAGUUCUAACCCUGGAAGAGUGAUUGUCCCUGCUGUGCCUUCAGCCCAGACAGAAGCAGGCUAAGAGAGGGGAGAAGAGGCAGGGCUGGCCCUUGGAAGGCUCACCUUCCUCACCAGUUCUCUGCUUGGGCAAAGGUCUUCCAAGCAGCCAAGCUCUGAGGCUAGUCACUGUCAUCGUCGGGUGAGGCAGCCUGGGAGUACCAGAGGUUGGAGCAGUUAGGAACCUUCCCCAGGGAAGGGGCUGGAUAGGCAGGGGUGGGUGCUAAGUGGCAGGCCACAACCAGGCACCUGGGAGGGCCAAGCACCACACUGAGAACGCAGUGCUUCCCCUCCCCUCCUAGGCUGCUCAGGAACCCAUCAGUCUCCUGUAAACAAAUGAGACUAAGUCUCUGGCACUCUUGGCCCAGGUGCAAAGGGCAGCUGCCCCUGCAGCUACUCACUCUGCCCUGGCCCUCUCAGGAGGCUAUGUGACCUCUGCACUUGCUGGCUUGUUUUGUUCCUAAAAUACCUGGAUGCUUGAGAAUCUAGACGACACCACUGCUAACAGAUUUCCACAUCGUUCAUUCUGUGCUUCAUGCUGGGACAGGGACCAUAAAACAAGGUGACCCAAAACUUUCAGCAGAAUGCAGGUAGGCAGAGCAGAGGUCUCUGGGAGUGUCAUUCCAAGGCAGUGUCUUCCUCCUCCCCUAUGCUCCCCAUUUCCCAAGAGUGGGCUUCUUCUACCCCACUCAGGCACCUCUUCCCAAGGCUGACCUAAAGGCCUCAAGCUCUGUGGAUAGGGGCAGUCCUGAGGUGGCAUUGAGUCUUAGGGUUGGAGUGGGAGAUAUCUGUGCAAAGGCUGAUAGGAACGUCCUCCAAGGGCUGACUUCAAAGCUUGGCCUAAACCACUGCAUCAAAGUCAGCAAGCUGAGCUGUUUGCACAGAAAAGGAGGAGGGGCAGGCCCUUGAGCCACCUGUAGCUCUCCUUACGGUCUCAGGCUUUCACACCAGGGCAGGCCUUGGGCCAGACUACCCAACUUCCAGGCCGGAUAUGCCACUGGGGUGGAGGAGGUAACUGCCCCUCAAAACCCUGCAGCCCAGGACUCCAGGAUUCCAACCCAGGGACCUGCAGGCUCCCCUGCUCUCCAGAUCAGACCCCUACUCUCAGAGCCCUAGGCCCAGUGGGGGAACAGCCUGUGAGAGAGGCCUGUGUGGGGUGGCCCUAGCCCCACCUCAGCUUCCAGCCUGACCUUGCUGCAUGACCUCUGGCCCAGCCCUCUCCACCUGGAGUGCCAUCUCUCUUUGUGGGGCCAGGUGGGUUGUGUGUGGGGGAGGGCAAGUAUAUAGGUGUGGUAUAGGUGGAAACUGCCACAGUACCCAGCAGCAGCUCAGAGCCGGGCCACCCAAUUUGUAUGCCAGCCCCAGCUGGGCCUAGGCACGUGGUGUGUGGAAAUAAACAAAGCAGGCAGCCCUAGGGUUAGGAGGCAGGUCCAGAGCUCACCCAGGCACAGCACAAGAUGAGUGCCUGGCCUCAGCGAGCGAGCACUGGCUGCUAUGCAGCUGUGGUGUGGAACCUUGACACUAGGGCCACUGGCCUGGCUGUGUGACCUCUACCUCAUCACCCAGAGCAGGGCAACCAGAGGCAGAGCCUCAGUGUGGUGUUCUCCUGUGAAAUAGUGAUGGCACAGGCAGGGGCUGGGGCCCAGUGCCUACACAGAGGAUCAGCAAAGGAUGGCAGUUAUUGAAACUUCUACGGGGAAGUUCCCCAGACACGAGAGGAAGACCCCCAUGGAAGCUGUGUGUGUAACGUGCUUAGAUUUUCCAGAGUCUUCAUUUUCCUUGUCUAAACAGAGGUCAUGGCGCCUCCCUCUCAGAUCAAACAGCCUUGUAUGAGUGGCUACAACCUUUGGUGGGCUCAGUGCAGCCCCUCCUGCCCCCUUGCUUGGGAGCUGUCUGUACAGGCCUGGGGAGCUGCGUGGGGUCUUUCCACCUCAGCCUGUCUCCCCACCCCCACCAGGUCCCCUGCCUGACUCCAGCAUACCCAGGCCCUAGAAGCACCAACUCCAUGGCUGCAGCUGAGUGGAGUGUGUGCCUGCCCAAGCCUAGAGGGGUGCUGACCCCUCCCUCACACGAGGAGACAUCAAAGGGAAGCAGGAAGCAGCGGCCUGGCUGACCCACAGCGGGUGGGAGAAGUGCAGCCUCACAACUGCUGGGGAUUUUCCAUCCCACCAGGAUUUCCGCGGGACACCCCAAGUCCAGCCUUUGAGGCUCCUCAGGAACCAGAGUUUGGCCUGGAGCCAGUUGGGGCAGAGGAGGGGGGCCAGGCUGGGUGGCUUAGGGGUGUGGUUAGGCCUGCUAGGGGGCUCCUCUUCUCAGUCUCCCCAUGAUUUGCUGGUUACUGGCUUGAAAUCUGGGCCCAGACCCAUUCCAACACUGAACCCUGAGCUCCCUGAGACCUGGCUGGCAAGGACAGGUCCCAGUUUUUACAGGGGCCUGAGAGGAAUGGAGAAGGGAUCUCUGCCCCUUCCCUUCUCAGUCACACCUCCUUGACAGGGAGUCAUCAGAGUGGGCUGUGGUAGGUGCACCAGGGAAGGGACCAUACAGAGGAGGCUGGUCUCAAAUCCUAGGGUGCCUGGGAUGGCCCUAUUGAAAUGCUGCAGCAGCUCCUGUGCAGGCAGGGAUCUGUAUGGACAGCUGGGUAGACACAGGUGCCUACUGACCUCCCAGAUCCUUCAGCAGAGCUCAGCCCUGAGUGACAGCCCAAGGCAGACCUGGCUACCUUAGCCUCUGGCUCACAACCCUCAGCCAGAGCCCUGAGAGGCCUGGGAUCUCAAAGCUGCAAGGUGGGAGGCCAGAGGAGAGAAGCCCGGAGCUGGUUGUGAUGCUGGCUGAGUGAAAAUUGCACAUGUCCCAACACUGCGAUGCUCCCUAUCCAGCCUGGGCUUUUGGCAGACUUCUGUGCUUUGAGGAGGAAGCUGGCUCAGAUUCCUCCCCUCCCUGUGCAGUUGUGUGUCAAGGUGUACUUGUCACACCCAACUCAGGAUAUCUUGCAUCACUUUUUGGGUCCCUGUCCCCCAGAGCUGGGACUGCUGAGUUUUAGCCCUAAGCUCUUGCUCCCGUCUUAGCAAGUCAGGGCCCAGUGUUGUCCUUGCCUUUGCAUCAGGAUGGUAAGCUGGGCAUGCUCUGCAUCACGGAGACCUGCAUGGACCUGGAUUGGGUUGCCUCUAUCUUCAGGCUGGUCACUGGGCAGACACAAACCAGGGCCUCUGGCCAGAGGGGACAAUGGCUCUGAGUUACUUUUGCUGCUCUUUAGGGGUGAGCAGGGGCUGCUUGUGCAUCAUAGCGCAUCACAGGGGAUGCACAUUUACAGUUGAAAGCUACUGGUACUGGGUAGAAGUGGGGCCGAGUAGGACUUCCCAGCCUUGAACAUGGGUUUGUCAUCCAACUGGGACCCACAUUUGAUCCAGCAGCCAUGCUCUGUGCAGCCUGGGUCUGAAGGCAGCCAUGCUCAUGUGAAAAGUGCUAGUAGCCAAGCUGCCAUUCUAGUCACCACAGCUGUCCUUGCAGGAGCACACUGCCCAGGGCUGGGAGCUGUCAUUUCCGUGACGGGAGUGAGACACAACACUGGGUGAGGGUGGGGGUAUCUGUUGGGAAUUAUUUCAAAACAGUUGUGGAAACUUGGCAGUGGAGGGGCUCUGGGCAUAGGUAUCCACAAUAUCCCAGUCAGGGGUUGGGGUACCCUGGCUCUGCUGAUAAGCCCAAGUGAGCAUACUCCUCCUCCAGCUUGGAAAAGGUGGGACAGGCCAGGUGACACUAGUGUGGUCUGUGGUCUGGCCUCCCAAGCCAGUGGCAGUACUGGGGUGGCAGACGUUUGCUGUGUGCUAUCCCAAGGCCUAAAGGUCACACAGCGAGGUUGGAGCAGGGUUUUGGGCAGGAUGAGUAGGUAUUGCUGUGCUCUCAGAGAGGUGAAGCAAACCCCAAGCAAGGGGGCGAGACAGGGCAAAGGCCUACACUUUGCCAUCAACUCAGGCCUACUCAAUGCUGGCCCUGUCCCUCCCCUGCCCCUGCCCCAUCAGAUGGUGCGAGCUGGUGGGGCUUAGAGUGAGCCCCCCUGACUCUCCUUGGUGUGGAGUCUGAGGCCCAGAGUAUACAGGCCUCAUCCGUGUGACCCAGCAGGAGGAUGGGAGAGUGGGCCCAGAACUUGGUCAGGCUCAUCCGUGGAGAACAAGUUCUUCCCUAGUCUAGUUGUGGUCUGAGUCCUGGAUGAAGCAGGAGGCAGCCUGGGAAACAGGCUCGUUCUAGUAGGAAUCGCAUUCUCAGGAACGCUGACUGUGCAGGGCCCUUUCUCACUGCCACCUGGGAGGAUGCCUGCCUGCUGGCCAUUUGGGCGGACUGUCAGAGCACCCUCCCUGGUGUCCCAGACCGAAGGCCUGAAGUCCACAUGGGACCCCUGAGCUUCUGGUACCUGUGUGGGCUUGUCCCCUCAACCCUGAGUGGAAUGGCAACAGCCAGCUGCAACCCUCCUAGCUUCCUGUCACGUGCUGUAUGGAAGGGCCAAGAGCUGUAGUCAUCUGCAGAUCCUCCCACUGCACCUGUAGGACUAGCGUCUCCUGUCUGGAUGUGAGCAACUUGCUGGUGGCCUGUGAGAUGGGAGUUGCACUGGGUUUCUGGAUAAGGGCUUCUUAUUCAGGUGACAAUUCUAUGUGAAGGAGACCCAUGGAAACACAUCUAUCCCCUGCCCAUGUACCAGGCAGAGAUGGUACCUGCCCAUGUACCCUCCAUGACAUGGCUGGGUCCCUGAAACAUCAGACAGAUCGAUACUCUGUGUGCAUGUUUGUGGGCAAGACACAGUGGCAUGUGUGCCAUGGAGUUUGGUAAUGGGAGGACUGAGUAGUUAGUGCCUCUGUGUGUGAGCUGUCCAGCCAUCCCCACGAAGGGGGCAUUCCAUGCAGAUGGGGAUCCUCUCCAGGCAGCUUCUUCCACACCUGAUUAGCUGUGACCAUCAGACCCCCCUUGCCAAAAGGGGCCCUUCCCUGGAAUCUGUAAUUCUCACAGGCUGUCCCAUACAUUUUAAAUCCAGGAAAUGUGCUCACCCAUGAGACAGGGAUGGCAAGAAGAUAUGAAUGAAAAGCAGCCAGUCCGUAAAGUUGGAAGCCAUUUCACUCCUUACCAGAGGAUGUUGGCAGCACUUCCACAGAGAGGAUCAUUUUUUGUAGAAGUAUGGCAUGGUUUCACUGCUUGACCAAGAGGCCACCUGCAUCAAUUAUCAUCUCCCCUGCUGUCCUCUGAAAUGCUUAUCUAGGCAUCAAUCUUGGUUUCCUCUUCAACUGAUUAACUAACUGGUCUACUCUGCCCAGUCUCUAUUUGAGAAAUUAUUUGAUAUCAUUUUCUUUAACUUGAUGAAAUCUCCUAUUUUGGCAAGAUUUACAGUUCCUCUUUAUAAGUUCCUCUUUACUUUGUGUGUGCUUUAUAUUGUCUUUGGUUGACAAGAGACAGCCAAAUAGAUCAGUCAGCAGAGAUACAAGUAGGGAUAAGAUGGAUAAGGAGAAACAACAGUGUUCAAUAGGGAGGGAUGUUUCAGGGAAACUAAUUUCAUAAGUGGUCAUUUCAGUAGUGAAUAUAUUUGAAUGGUUAAUGGCUGCUGUUUUUUAGCUGCCCUACAUACCCAUCAAUAGAGGAUCUGUUCCAUAAAUCAUGGCACAAUGAAACUCUGCAGCUGUUAAUGAAGAGGAGAUUUGCUAGAUGUCUUAAUACGGAUCCAUCUCCAGAACAUACCAGUGUCUUCCUUUUAAGUGGUGCACAUUGGGGCUGAACACUUACUAAGAAAUGAAAGGGCUCCCCAGUCAAAGCUGACAGGUGUCAUUACAACAUGACCCCUGUGAUAGAUCCCAGCACAAUACACUGGCCAUCACUCCAUUCUCUUCAAAUGUCCUGGGGUUGCUUCAUACAGCAGACCAUCAUACCCAAAGCCACUAUGCAUGUAACUUGGUUAUCUCCUGCCAGGCUGUAGUCCAGUUAGUGCUCCCUUGGAAAUACUCAAGACCUUAAUGAACUAUCCAUCUGUGAAUCUGUGAAGCUACCCAUUUCUUAGAGGCCUCUUUGGAGAGCUGGCUGUUGAAUACCCAGUAUGAUGGUCCUUAGCCGCCUUAGAUCUUUCCUGUACCACUACCUCUAUGCCUUUUGCCAAGUCCAAGUGUUCACUAGAAAUGGAACUGAUGCCAGAAAGACUACAGCUAACAAUCUGAGCAGAACAGUGAGCAUGUCCUAUCUGGGAAAAGCCCAGCCCAUUGGGCUAAAUCUCUAGCUGAACACAGAGACUGUGCUCCUUCCAAUUAUACUGGAAGCCCAACCAUGAGAAAACAACACUUCAACUACACUGUUCAGAGCCAUCACCUCUUCACAUGUGUGCCUGUAUACGUGUACACACACAUUUUGCAAUAAAAAUGCUUCUCAGAUAUACUGCACCAUAAUAAAUCAGCAUUGUAUGUACAGCUCAAAAAGAAGUAUGGCAUACCUAUGGAAGAAGUCAAAGGCAAAGUGUAGAAAAAUACAUACAGUAUGUUACCAUUUGUAUAAAAAGGAGCCGUAUCUACUAAGUACAUGCACACACAGACACACGUAUAUUUGUUUAUAUAAAAUAUGUCUGGAAAGAUGCAAUAGGAAAGUGUUGAGUGGUAACCUUUAGGGAAGGAAACUUGGAAUUAGGGUUGGGUGGGGAGAGUGUUAUUUUUCACCCCUUUUGUACUCUGAAUUUGUUUUACCAUGUGUGUAAAGACUGUUCUAUGAUUUUUGUAGCACAACACUUGAAUACAUAAAGCACGACUGGCUCCCCAGAAGGCAGGUGUUGGCCAGGCAGUGGAUGCACGGUAGGGCAGUGUGCAGCCCUGCGUGCACGUGGCUGGUAUGCCCUGCGGGCAGCAGCUCCCCACACACAGUGCUGUGAGUCUCUGGUUCAUGUCACUCUGUGGAGCAGGGGCUGCUCCAGCACAAAGAGGUUUUUGACAGGGAAAGGCAGAGCCAGAGUCAGGGCAGGCCCUGGGCGGGCUCCCAGAGAGCCCAACCACCCUCUAAUAAGGGGUGCUCUCCACCCUAUCUGAGGAGCAAUUGGGAUCUCCUAGGAAGUGAAACUGUUACGUAUGUCUUAUUACAGAAUUUCCAGUGGAGUGUUUCUGAAAGAAAUGUGUAUGGCAUGUUGUGACUGCUAUGUCUCAUGAAAUAUUUACAUUUUUAUGUAACUUUUUUCCAUUUUCAGAUCAUCUUUUAUUUUAACGCAAAAUGACAAUAUAUUUUUCAAUUAAUUUGCCCAAUGUCUGUGUUUAAAUGUUUUCUAAUGCACACACGUGUUUUAAACUCAUUAAAAAAAUAUGACUUAGA